AUGGGGGCUCUCCCGGAAUGGGGGCUUUUGCCGCUUUUUGCCAUCGCAGCUUUGAUUUCGGAUAGCCGAGGUGAGCUGACCUGCUCGUCCUGCCACCCUCACAUCCGGCUGCAGGGCGCAGGUGCUGGGCGCAUGAUGAAGAGGAUGCAGGAAGAAGCCUUGAGCGACUGGGGGCAGGCUUGGGGGUACACCAGGCAUGGCCAGUCGGGAAAUGCCAACCGGCCAGGCGACGAUCAGGACCUCUUGGCUGCAAGACCGGAGACCGGCGAUGGGUACGAAGGUGCCGGUGACCGGUUAGCGGAUGCCAGCUUUGUGGGCACUGGGAGUGAGCAGGACAUGAGUAAAGGACAGGAGGAAUACUUGGACAGCGAUGCCACCGGCAGACACGGACAGUUUGGAAGCGAUGAAAGAAGCGGGCAGUUUGCUGGCACCGCUGGGGAUUGGGGCGACAGGACCGAUCCGUUUGAGGUCUUUCGGGUGGAAGAGUUAAAGUUGAGCAGCACCACCUUCGCGCUGACCGGAGAUUCGGCUCACAAUCAAGCCAUGGUCCACUGGUCCGGGCACAACAGCAGCGUGAUACUAAUCCUGACAAAGCUCUACGAUUACAACUUGGGCAGCAUCACGGAGAGCUCGCUGUGGAGAUCUACGGACUACGGGACGACGUACGAGAAGCUGAACGAUAAAGUCGGGUUAAAGACCAUUCUGAGUUAUCUUUAUGUCUGCCCUACAAACAAGCGCAAGAUCAUGCUGCUUACCGACCCCGAGAUCGAGAGCAGCCUGCUAAUUAGUUCUGACGAAGGGGCCACCUACCAGAAGUACCGGCUCAAUUUUUACAUACAGAGCCUCCUGUUUCAUCCCAAGCAAGAAGACUGGAUCCUGGCCUACAGCCAAGACCAAAAGUUGUUCAGUUCGUCAGAGUUUGGCAGACGUUGGCUUCUUCUGAGCGAGACUGUGGCUCCAAAUCGGUUUUACUGGACAGUGACUGUUUCGAACCGAGACGCUGAGCUGGUCCACCUGGAGACCAAAACUGCUGAAGGAUAUGCACAGUACAUUGUCUGCAAGAUGAACAAUUGUUCAGAGAGCGUAAGGACGAAACCCUUUCCUGGAUACAUCGACACCAACUCUCUCAUUGUCCAGGAUGAAUAUGUGUUUGUUCAGCUGACCUCCGGAGGGCGCCCUCAUUACUACGUGUCCUACAAGAGGGAACCCUUUUCGCAGAUGAAACUGCCCAAGUAUGCUCUGCCCAAGGACAUGCACGUCAUCAGCACGGAUGAAAACCAAGUCUUUGUCGCCAUCCAAGAGUGGAAUCAGAACGAGACAUAUAACCUGUACAUCUCCGACACCAGGGGGAUCUUCUUCACAUUGGCGCUAGAAAAUGUCAUGAGCAUAAAAAGCCCGGAGGGGAACGUCAUGAUCGACCUCUACGAGGUAGCAGGGAUAAAGGGGAUGUUCUUGGCGAACAAGAAGAUUGACAACCAAGUGAAGACGUUCAUCACGUACAACAAGGGAAGAGACUGGAACUUGCUGCAGGCCCCAGACGCCGAUCUACGGGGCGAUUCCGUCAACUGCGUGCUGCCGUAUUGCUCCUUACACCUACAUCUGAAGGUAUCCGAAAACCCGUACACCACUGGAAACAUCGCUAGCCGCGAUACAGCUCCCGGCAUCAUCGUGGCUUCAGGGAACAUCGGCUCGGAGCUAACAGAAAAUGAGAUCAGCAUGUUCAUUUCUUCCGACGCAGGCAAUACGUGGAGACAGAUCUUUGAAGAGGAGCACAGCGUCUUGUACCUGGAUCAAGGCGGAGUCCUGGUGGCCAUGAAGCACACGUCCCUGCCAAUCCGGCACUUAUGGUUGAGCUUUGAUGAGGGGAGAUCGUGGAGCAAAUACACCUUCACCUCCAACCCGCUGUUUGUGGACGGUGUGCUGGGGGAACCGGGAGAAGAGACUCUGAUUAUGACAGUGUUCGGGCAUUUUGGUCAUCGAUCUGAAUGGCAGCUGGUGAAAGUGGACUACAAGUCAAUCUUUGACAGACGUUGCAAACCCGAAGACUAUCUUCCUUGGCAGCUUCAUAGUCAGGGGGAAGCGUGCAUCAUGGGCGCCAAGAGGACGUACAUGAAGAGGAGAUCGGAGAGGAAGUGCAUGCAGGGGAGGUACGCCGGGGCCAUGUCCUCUGAACCUUGCGUUUGUACUGAGGCGGACUUUGAGUGCGAUUAUGGCUAUGAGCGGCACAGCAAUGGCCAGUGUCUCCCCGCCUUCUGGUAUAACCCGUCCUCCUUGUCGAAGGACUGCAGCCUUGGCCAAAGCUACCUGAACAGCACCGGCUACAGGAAGGUGGUGUCUAACAACUGCACAGACGGAGUCCGGGAACAGUAUACCGCAAAGUCUCAGCAGUGCCCAGGGAAAGCGCCCCGUGGCCUCCGUGUUACUACAGUGGAUGGAAAAUUAAUAGCAGAACAAGGACACAAUGUAACAUUUGUACUGCAGUUAGACGAGGGAGACAUCCAGAGGACCAAUAUUCAGGUUGACUUUGGAGAUGGGAUUGCCGCUUCCUAUGCCAACCUCAGCGCAACAGAAGAUGGCAUCAAACACGUCUAUCAAAAUGUGGGGAUCUUCAGAGUCCUGGUGCAAGUGGACAACAACCUUGGCUUGGACAGUAGCAUUCUUUAUCUUCAUGUGACAGCUCCCCUGGAGCACAUCCAUCUCCUGCUGCCCUUCGUCACCACGAAGAACAAAGAGGUGAACGCGUCCGUGGUGUUGUGGCCGAGCAACGUGGGGACCCUGACCUACGUUUGGUGGCUGGGGAACAAUAGUGAGCCAAUCAUUACCCUGGACAGAACUAUCUCCUUCACGUUCGUGGCAGAGGGCAUGAACAGCAUCACGGUCCAGGUGUCUGCAGGCAACGCCAUCCUACAGGACACGAAGACCAUCGCUGUCUAUGAACAGUUCCAGUCUCUGCGGCUGUCCUUCUCUCCCAACCUGGACGAUUACAACCCUGACAUCCCGGAAUGGAGGCAAGACAUCAGCCGCGUCAUUAAGAGAGCCCUCAUGUAUGCCACGGGAGUCAUCAGUAAGCAGAUUUUGGUUGCCGUCUUGCCAGGGUUACCCACGUCAGCUGAGCUGUUUAUUCUACCCCACCAAGACAGCCCAGGGGAAACCAAGAAGAAGACAGAAGACUUGACCCAGAUUGCCGAUUUGUUCAUUAACAAACUCAAUCAAGACAUGGUUCAUUUUGAGCUGAAACCCGGCGUACGGAUCAUGGUCCAUGUAGCUCAUCUAACAGCAGCUCCCUUGGUGGACCUGACGCCAAGUCACAGCGGCUCGGCCAUGCUCAUGCUGUUGUCCGUGGUCUUCGUGGGGCUGGCCGUCUUCGUCAUCUACAAAUUCAAAAGGAAAAUUCCUGGAAUUAAUGUAUAUGCACAGAUGCAGAAUGAGAAAGAGCGAGAGAUGGUCAGUCCAGGCAGUCAAAAUGAAAGCUUGUCACCCAUUGUCACUCAGACUCAGUCGGUGGGUCCUCAACAUCUGUUAGAGGGCAAGUUGGAAGCACAGCCCAUAGGAAGUAUUUCCACGGUUGCUGAAACUCAGAGCACAAACGAGAACCCAGCCUAUGUAGACGUGUGAAGGGGGACCCCGGCCAAGUGCGGUUUUUGUUCGGACGGCGCCCAAUCUCUGAUCAAUUCCCGAGGUUUUUAAGCUUUAAGCCUGAAGAAGAAUUUACGAAGAGGAAGGAGAAUUCGGACACGCCUACCUUCUUUUAAACUCACUCGUGUGUUUGUAAAAACGACCUAAUUAAUUGACAUGUGCAUGCUUUAACCCUUCCACUGAACCGAGAGGCUUCGCAAACGCGUUUUGCUCGCCCCUUGUUGUUCUGAAGGGGUUAAAUGUCUUCUUUUUUUUUUUUUUUAAAGUUACCCUAGGUUAAACCUCACAGUAGUUUAACAAGGUGUGUAUAUAGACGGGUUUAAAGGGGAACUAUCUCUUUUUCUUUUUUCCUGGAUAAUGUAAUUGUAAAUUUGAUUUUACUCCGCGCAAUAAGAAUCUAUCGUACAACCCAGAUGGAGAACGCAUUAUUCAGACAAGCAGGACCUCCGAACUAUCUGACCCGGCUUCUUCGUGGUAUCUAUUGUGGCAUCCACACAGAGAGUGGGGACAUUGAUUCCU